CCAAUCAGAUUGAAGCUGAUGAAACAGGCCCAGGAAACAGCUCUAGUUUUGGGGAGAUUUGUUUUCUUGGAGAAGGAUUUCCCUCCAAAUGUUUCUUCCAGCCUGAGCAAAGCAACAAUGAUUGGACUGAUAGUGCUGGUCCUUCUGUGUGGAGAGGUGUCUGCAGGCUCUCACACUCUCCGGUAUUUCCUCACCGGCGUGACUCCGAUUCCUGGUAUUCCGGAGUUUGUAGCUGUUGGUUAUGUGGAUGGCGUUCAGUUUGUUAUGUACGACAGCGAUGGGAAUGCGUUGAUCCCCCGGGAGCAGUGGAUGGUGGAGAGUGAGGGGCGUGAGGCCUGGGAGCGGAAGACGAUGCUGGCUCAGGAACAGGAGCAGCAAAUCAAAAAGUAUCUUCCGAUCCUCAUGGCCCGGACCAACCAGUCGGGAGGAAUCCACACACACCAGAUGUUGAUCGGCUGUGACCUGAACGAUGAUGGGACCAGUAGUGGGUUCCACCAGAGCGGAUGGGACGGAGGAGAUUUUAUCAGCUUCGACCCGCAGCACAUGGUGUGGGUGACACCGGUCCCAUGGGGAGAGAGCUUCAAAAACACCUGGGACCAGUACAAGGUCCACAAACAGCGAUGGAAACAUUACCUGGAGGUGGAAUGUAUCGAAUGGCUGAGGAAAUACCUGGAGUAUGGACAGAGAGAACUGAGGGUCGUUGCCCCAGUCGUGUCCUUUACCCGUCUGGGUGAUUCUAACCGGCUGUCCUGUGUCGUCACCGGGUUUUACCCUCAAGCCAUCGAGGUGACUCUGUGGAGAGACGGAGUGUUGAUCGAUGAGACCCUGUCCACUGGGAUCUUACCCAAUCACGACAGGACCUACCAGAUCCGGAAAUGGAUGGAGUUUGAUCCAGAGGAUCAGGCUGAGUAUUCCUGUCGGGUGGAACACAGCGGGCUGGAGGAGGAGAAGGUGGUGAUUUACGAACCAAAGUCUCAGUCCCAGGUUCCUGUUCCGGUUGGGAUUAUACUCGGGAUCAUUGGGAUCAUCACUCUCACCGUUGUGGCUGUCGUCAUUUAUAGGAAGAAAGUGUCCUCCCAGGUCCUGACCAGUAAUCCAGGGAUAUCAGUUCCCGAGAUCAGUGGGAGGAGUGGAUGAGUGAAUCCUGGAGGAUGUGAUUUCCUCGAGAUUGAAUCGAGUGAAUCGUGGUGGCUCUACAUUGUUACUGUGUAAAUAGAACUGUAAAAAUCUACAGUUUCUCUACUUCAGGCCACAAUUUUUAACCUACUCUGAUCCGCUCUGUUUAACCUGCAAUGAGUCUGGGAAUGCAACUUGCUCACGGCCAAUUCACUCACUGCUUUCACUGUGAGGCAGAGUGGGCGUCUAGUGAGAGGUCUGCUCCCCGGUUGGUUGGGGGGGGUCAGGGGGUUGCUCGCAGUUACAAUGGUGCAGGAGAAGGGGUUGUUGCACUGAAACCACAGGCUCAGAUCAGGAGGAAUUAAUUGCUGGGGAUCAGGGAGCCUGUGUCUCACAGAUUUUUUGGUGCUGUGAGAUUAUUUGUUUUGUUCUUUACAAACCAGGACCUGCUCCUGCAAUUUUUAACACUUCUCCAAUUCCUAUGAGAAAUUAGGUUCUUUCUCCACUUUCCUGUCCCUCCAUUCAAAACAUACGCCACUGGUGGGGAACAAUUUGAGACUUUUAAGAAUAAAAUGAUCAGGAAUCUGCAUCAAGAGAAAAUAGAGCAAUAAAUUAGCAGCCAGCAGAGAUUUCAGAAGAGAAGAUGGUGCUUGUCAAAGCUCUGAACAUUCUUUGAGGUGGUAAAAUAUACUGUGAUAGAGAAAUGUGGUAGAUGUAGUGUACGUGGACUUCAGGAAAACCUUUGACAAGUUACCACAAGGGAAAUGAUUAGAGAAGAUUAAAUGAGUCUUUUGGACCUCUCUUGUCCAGAGAAAGUUUUAACUGGAUCACAAAGAUCUUGCACCAUGUCAGCCCUUCAUUCCAGAUUAGGACCUGGAAUAUGCGAGAAGCUGACAACAUGUUACCUGUCCAGCUCAACCUCCCCAAAUAGUUAUUCCUGCCUUUGAUCCAACAUAGAUCUGGGUGCAGGGCAGAUUUCCAGUACUUCUAUGUAGGGGCGAAUCACUCUGCAAACUUGGAUGACGGUACACAGUGUGAACACAAUGGUUCCAUUUUAAACAAGGUGCAGGGACAGAGAGACCUGGGAAUGUAUGUACACAAAUUUCUGAAGGUGACAGGGCAAGUUGAGAACAGCUAGACUAAGUGGGUAGCACCCUCCCCUCUGAAACAGAAGGUUGUGGCUUCUAGACACAGCACAGGAAGUGCUGCACAGUGUGAGGGUCGGUACUGAAGGAGUGCUGUACUGUCGGAGACGCAGUGUUGACCAAAUACUGCACUGUCAGAGGGGCACUCCUGAGGGAGUGCUGCAUCUUUGGAUUGGUACUUCUGAGGGAGUGCUCUACUCUCUGUGGGCAGUACUGAGGAGUUGCAGCAUUUUUGGAGGGAUGGUACUGAGUGAGUGCUGCACUUUUGAAAGGCAAGCGCUAAGGGUGUGCUGCUCUGUCACGGCAGGAAGGACUGAGGGAGUGCUGCACGAUUAUAGGUUACGUUAAGUUUGAAGGUGAGAAACCUGGGUCUAAAACUAGUGUUUUAAACUUUAAUAAAGACAAUUACAAAUGUUUGAACCUAGAGUUGGAUGAGUAGACUGGGAAAGUAGUGUAAAUGUAAGAUGGCUAAUAAGCACUACCUAAUAAGCAACACCUAAGGAUGUAUUCCAUAACUCUCGAGGAAGAUAUAUUCCAUUGAGAAAGAAAGUCUGUACGAGAAGGGGCACCAUCCAUGUCAAACUAAGCAAGUCAAGAAUGGUAUCAAAUUGUAAGAAAAUGUGUCUAAUGCUGCAAAGAUUAGUGGUAGAUCAGGAGAUUGGGAGAAUUUUAGAAACAAGCAAAGGAUGGAAAAAAAUAAUGAAGAGGGAGAAAUUACCAGUGUCGGUGCUGCUGCCUCAACUAAUGGAGGAGCUGUAAUGUGAGUCAUGAAGAGGGACUGCAGGAGGGGAUAAUUGUCAAGGGGAAAUGAAGGGAAUGGAGGAUGUGUAAUCGGGAGGAGUAAUAUGAUGGAAAGUGGGGAGGGGGAAAUGUGGGAUUGAUUAAGGGGGUCAGGGUAAUGAGACUGUCAUUUUCUGUGGGCUAUUGUGGGCAGGGUAGUAAUUUGUUCUGUCCCAUUUACAGAUGUCGCAGACAGAAUGUAUUUGCUUUCUUACUGCCUGUAAUCAAUAUGUUUUGUAUGGAAAGUCGAGUGUCUCUUCUUACUCUUGGAGCAUGUAUAUAAUUAAAAAAUUCAGCAACAAG